AUGCAAAUCAAAGAUGAAGGAGCAUUGACAUUCCCCGGGAAGUUGAAAGGAGAUCCCAACAAAAGACUGAGGGACAAGUAUUGUCGCUUUCACCGGGACCACGGGCAUGACACUGCCAACUGCUAUGACCUGAAGCAGCAGAUUGAGGCACUGAUCAGACAGGGAAAGUUACAAAGGUUCAUCAGUAGGGAAAAGAUCGACAAACCGGAAGAACAGACCCCACGACGGGAGAACGAGCGCCCCAGACCACCAAUAGGGGACAUUCGGAUGAUAAUAGGGGGCACAGCUGCAGCCGGGUCUUCCAAAAAAGCCCGCAAAACCUACCUUAGGACGGUCCAUAGCGUCCAACUCACAAGAUCCGUACCGAAGAUGCCGCGAAUAGGUAACCCCGUCAUACACUUUUCAGAGGAUGAUGCUUGGAGACUUCACCAUCCUCAUGACGAUGCGUUGGUGGUCAGCCUACAGAUUGGGGAUUAUAAUAUGCAUCUGGUACUCGUUGACAACGGCAGCUCAGCGGACAUCUUGUACUAUCCAGCAUUCCAGUAG